AUUAAAAAUAUCGCACUCAAAAAGAUAAGAUACACAGAAACUGACACGAAUUAAUUCAUUAAAUUUCUCUUCCUUGUGUAGACAACUAAUUUGAUCCAUAUAAAUCAUGAAUAUUUUACUCCUGGCAAUAGGGAUAGCUGCUGUGACGAUAGUCAGUGGUGAAACCAAAAAUCCAGAAAUCGGCUUGUCCCACGAUGGAAAAAUCAGAGGCAUGACCAUGAAAUCUCUGGACGGAAGGGAGUUCUAUGCUUUUCGCGGAAUUCCCUACGCCAAACCCCCGGUCGGCGACCUCCGGUUCAGGGCUUCAGAGCCGGUCGAACCUUGGAAAGGCGUGAGGGACGCUACGAAAGAAUCAGACCCCUGCGCGCAAGUGCCAGUAAUGGGAGAUGAAAAAUUUAUCGGCAGUGAGGAUUGCCUUUAUUUAAAUGUGUACACUCCCCAGCUUCCUAGCGAAGAGGAAGAAGAAGAAGAGAGCUUACCAGUUAUUUUUUGGAUUCACGGAGGUGCAUUUUAUGCUGGCGAUGGAGGCAUAGAAGAAAAUGGUCCGGAAUUCCUGAUGGACCAAAACGUUGUGCUGGUCACGAUAAACUAUCGGCUAGGCGCGUUUGGUUUUCUGAGUUCAGGAGAUCAGAAAAUACAAGGAAACUUCGGCAUGAAGGACCAGGUUUUGGCUCUGAAGUGGGUGCAAGAAAAUAUUGAAUUUUUCAAUGGCGAUAAGAGCAAGGUCACUUUAUGGGGAUACAGCGCUGGUGGCGCGGCGGUAGAAGCGCAUCUCUUUUCACCUAUGUCUUCAGGACUGUUCUCUGGGGCAAUAUAUCAGAGUGGCUCAUUAAAGUCUGAAUGCGCCCUGAAGUCGAAACCAGUGAUGUCUCUGCCGGUUUUGGGCUCGAUCGUGAACUGCGAUCAGAUCAAAGUUGAAGACCAGCUUAAGUGCCUCAGAGCCACUCCGGCAAGUGAUCUUGCAAAAGCCAUCAACAAAUUUCCGUACUGGGGACUGAAAGUACCGGCCGCAUUCAGCAUCGUACAAGAGAUUCCACACCAUUUGGAUGGUUCGUGGACAGAGGAGCCAUUCCUGACUGUGAACCCGAAUAAAAUGCUGGAGGAAGGGAGCAUUGUUAAUGACGUUCCAACUAUAACCGGAAUUGCUAAAGACGAGGGAAUCAUUCUCGGCUAUGAGUUGCAGCGAAACCCUAGCCUUUACGCGCAAGCAAACAGAAAUUUCAAUGACGUAGCGAGACUGUGCGGUUGUCUGUUCGAAUUGAAGCCAAAGAAGUUUAAGAAAAUAAAGGAAUUCUAUUUUGGCGAAGAAAGGAUUAACGAAAAGCAAUUUGAUAAUUUUUUGAAAUUCCAAAGUGACGCUGUUUGGAACUGGCCUCAAGUGGACACAGCAUUCAAACAAGCAAAGGCCAGUAAAAGCCCAGUGUACUUUUAUCUUUUUUCUUUUGAAGGACGAAUCAGUGAGGCAAUGGCUGCCGGACUAAAACCAAUUGAUGGUGUCGGCCACGCUGACGACCUGGCAUACAUUUUGCGGAGGAGGGUGCCCUUCCCCGAUAAUGCGCCAAAUGAGAGGGAGAAAAAUACCAUCAAGAAAAUGGGCAGUAUUUUAGAGAGUUUUGCAAGGACUGGGAAUCCAAAUCCAACAGAUAAUGAAUUGUUUACAGUGGAGUGGGAACCGAUCGACCCUAAAAAUUUCAGAUACCUUAACAUUGAUGAAGAUCUGGAGAUGAAAGAAGACUACCCAUUUACGUACAGGAUGGAUUUCUGGCAGCAAUUGACUAAAAAGAAGAGCAAACCAAAAAAAGAAACAAAAGAAAUAAAAGAGAAGGACGAAUUAUAAACAAUUUGUUCAUGAAAUGAACGAAUAAAACAUUUAUUACAAUAGAA